AUGUUCGCUCUUUCUCUCCCCCUCGUCUCUCUCCUCGCAUUCGUCGUAGGAACCAGCGCUGUACCCACCCUAUCUGCUCGUGACAACAGCACUUGCAGCAGUACGGGUGCGCAGUGCAACACCGGCACCGUCUCCUGCUGUGAUACCACAUAUAAGUCCAACAGCCAUGAGUUGAGCAGGAUCCUAAGCGUACUGAACAUUGCCCUUGACCCUGUCGAGGGCAACGUUGCAAUGGGUUGCAGUCCCAUCAGCGUCAUUGGUACUGGUAGCGGCGCGGAGUGUAACCAGGAGCCCGUUUGCUGCAGUGGCAACACAUACUACGGCCUCAUCAACAUUGGUUGCUCACCGAUCAACAUCUACCUGUAA